UUUUAGUAGAGAUGCCAGGUGGUAGUAGAGAUAAGCAUAAUAUCUCUCAAUCAAUCCACUCUCACACCUCUCCCGCAAGAUCUACUAGCGUCGCUGUGGAUAUUGAUAAGCCUUAUCUACCCUCGAUUUAUACUGGAAUGAAUACAUCCACAGAUGAUGAUCAUCUCAGCAACCCCGACGAAUACGAUUGGGCUCUUUUUAUGUCUGCAUAUGCAGCCGGUAGAUGGGAUCCUUUUGAGAUACCUAGGCCACCUUUGAAAACAAACUCUGCUACUUUAUCGGUUGAUAGUCGCAGGACUUACUCAGCUCAUAGAGCUCUUGAUAAAAUUGAUGGAUUCACAACAAGCAGGAGGAGGUCCUCAAUUAAUGAAUCAUACCUACCAUCCAAUCCAUCUACUUUCUUAGAACCUCAAUCACCUUCAAAUUCUACACCAGUUUCAGGUCAGAAAACCCGAUCAGCUCCAAUGUCACAUGCAUCUUCAGUCUCUGAAGAUAUAGAUGAUAACGAAACGUCUCUGUAUCCUAUCAAUUUGUCCUCUACCCAACAAAAUCUAGCUUUUGGUCCAGAUUUGGCGGUACAAGUAGCGACUCAUUCUCUCAUACAUUCAGAUGAUAUUAAUAAAAAGCUUUUCAAAGGAACUGAAGAUGCAACUGAUAGACCUGCUAGCGCACCGGAAGGUUCAAAGCAACGUGAUCUCAAGAGUGCUUUACCCUCACAAACUUAUGACGAUACAAAGCAUUCAUCGACAGGUUAUAUGGAUUAUGUAUCACCUACCCCACAAUCAAAAGUAGCUCCUUUAAAUACAAACGAUCGUCAAUUUUCAUACGAAUCGGAGUUAUCAACUGAUACUUCAACACCAACGAAUACCAGACCACAUUUCCUUAACAGAGAGGAUAGCGAUAGGACGGUUAUGAAUGAUACAACUCCUUCACGACAGCCUGACCAACCUGAUUUGGAUAAAUUAACUGAGGCUUUUGAUCAUCAACACAUCAUUGAUCCUACGUCACCAGUGACAUCAGUGAAAGCCUUACCCAUUGAGAUGAACUCAAUUAAGGAUCCUAUACCAUCAAGAUUAAGUUCUGAUCGUAUACAAAACUUAGCUGAGAAACAAUUCAGUGAGCUUUCGUAUUUAGUGCCACCUUUGCCUUUAAAUGAGGAUGCAAGAAGGAAGGAACUUUUCAAGUUUGAUUUGUUAAGAGGAACUCCUGAUCUAUCAUUGGAUAGGAUAUUACAUCUCGUCAAGUUGGUUUUUCAAACUAAAUGUGUCAUAAUUAGCCUCGUUAAUGGAGAAAAUGUCGUACUUAAAGCUCAUACUGGCUAUGAGGAGAUGUUUGAAACUGAUAUAAGGGUCAAUGAACCAAGAAAAACUGCAUUGAGUUCGCAUGCAAUUUUACAACAAAAUGAUGAACCGUUAGUUAGUUUAGAUAUAACGAAAGAUUGGAGAUUCUCGAAAAAUCCUUCAUUUUCACCAAAAGCUAGAUUUUAUGCAGCUGCUCCAAUAAGAACAUAUAAUGGUUACAACAUUGGCGCACUUGCUCUUAUAGAUUCCCAGCCAAGAACCGAAUUUACACCUAGACAACGUCAUACAUUGAAGGAAUUUGCAUCAAUCGUUCUCCGUGAGAUGGAACUAUGGAGAGAUAAAUGUCAAAUGAGAACUAGGGAUUUAAUUCAAAGCUCUAUGGAACAAUUUAAUAGAGAUAUUUUGGAAAUGAAUUCAGCUGGUAACACAAAAUCAAGCAAUGUUAGCGAUAUGCAAAAGGUUUAUGAUAAAGCUGCAACUUUAAUCAAGGAUACUCUUGGUGUUGAAGGUGCUUUAGUGCUAGAUAUCUCGCAGUUUGAGAUCGCUGAGAAUUUAGGUGACGAUAAUGAGCUAUAUAUGCCAGAUCCUAUCACACAAUCUCAAAGAGAGACGCCCACACGAACUAGCUCGUCUUCCAACCUUAAUGCUUUAAAAAGAGAAAAUAGGUCACAAUCUCAAUGGCCACCAAUAAACAGAUCUGGUUCGGAUGAUGCAUACGCUCGUUCAAUACCAAUACUCGCAGCAGCUGAAGAUGGACCUAUUCCAUCAAACCGUUUCCAACCAGUUAGCGAAGAGAACUCAGAAAAACUUGCUUGGUUUUUGAAGCGAAACCCUGAUGGAUACAUUUUCGACUAUGGCUUAAUCCCAGGUGUCUUCAGACAGUUCGUAGGUGUCAAAGAAAAGUAUGGUAUGGCUAUCGUACCGAUAUUCAAUCUCUCAAAUGACAAAGACGGUCCUUUUGCAUUACUCGUAGCUUAUACUGGCGAUCGUAAACUUCUUCUUGAAGGUUAUGAAAUUCAAUUCUUACGUGCAAUGGGUGUAAUAAUCUUAUCUGCCGUACUUAAAGAAAGAAUCUUACUCGCUGAUAAAGCAAAGCAAAAUUUCAUCAGUAAUAUUUCACAUGAAUUGAGGACGCCAUUACAUGGUAUUCUUGCGGCUGCUGAAUUACUCCAAGAUACUGAAUUGGAUGAGGUACAAGUUGAGUUUUUAGAUACAGUCAAAGCAUGUGGUAGAUCACUUAGUGAAACACUCAAUCAUGUUCUUGAUUUCACAAAACUUUCAGGAUCAAAUACGAGCGCGGGUGUUGAAAGGGGUAUCAAAUUAUCGAAGGUUAACUUGAAGAAUUUAGUUGAGGAAGCGGUUGAAAGCACAAUAAUUGGUUACAGGGGAAGAUUCGCCGCAUCAAGCGAAGGUUUAGGUGAUAUUUACGCACCCCCAUCAAGCUCAUCCUCUUCUUCACCUUCACUUACUACUCAGAAAGUAGAUCAGAUUUCUAAAUCAAUCCCUGUUGAGAUAUUAGUCGACGUUCAAUUUAGAUCAAAUUGGAAUUGUAAAUGUGAGAAAGCCGGAUUGAGGAGAGUUUUACAAAAUUUAGUUGGUAAUUCACAAAAGUUCACAAAAAGCGGUUAUAUUAUGGUCAUUUUAAGGGAAGCUCCUCAUUCACCAGGAUCCAAGAAAUUACCAAUCGAGAUAGUUGUUAUUGAUACCGGUAAGGGAAUGUCAAAAAGUUUCUUAGAUAGUCAAGUAUUCCAGCCAUUCAGUCAAGAAGAUCCUUUACAAGCCGGUACAGGUUUGGGUUUGGCGAUCGUUAGCUCAAUUAUUAAAUCACCUUCCGUUAAUGGUCAGAUUGACAUUAGAAGUCGUGAAGAUGUAGGAACAGAGAUAAAGAUGACUAUUCCCGUUGAGAUGAUAGACAACAAGUCAGAGGAAGAGGAGAAGUCACUUACUCAAGAAAAUAUAAUUGAGAAGCUUGGUUACAGUUCAAAUUGGAAACCAAAAGUGACAUUACAUGGAUUCGACACAAAUUCAAUGGGUGGGGAAGCUUUAAUAAACGUUACCAGUAACUACAUUCGCAGUUGGCUUGGCUUAGAAUGUGCUUUAUCAACGCCUCAAAACAACGUCUACGGUGAUAUAUUAGUUAUAAAUGAAGCACAAGAGAUGUUACUUGCGUUGAUACAAGAACGUGAAUUCAGCAAACCAAUAGUUCUGAUAUCAUCAUCUCGAGCUGAUAAGCAACUCUAUAAAGCUAAGGUUGAAUAUGAAAGGCUUGGUGGAAUUGCAAGAAUAAUAUACAAGCCAGCCGGUCCAACGAAAUUUGACUCAGUGAUGAUAGCUUUGAUAAACAGUUUAGCUCAAAGGAGUGGUCAUGCAAGAACAGAAAAGAGGUCGAAUAGCAAUUUUGAUUUCUUUAGGAAUCUACCAAUGCCUUCCCCUGCUGAAUCAUCUGGAUCUAAUAAAUCGGAUUACUUUAGUGAAGCUAAUCAAUCUUAUAAUAGCUCAUCUGGGGGUACACCUGACGAUCAUUGGCGUGAACAAAUGUCAGAAUAUCUCAGUCCAUCUGGUCAAAGAACUAAUUCUACCGAGAAUCUUAUGUCAAUUCAGAGAAGAAACUCUGAUAAAUCAACACAACCAUCGGCGAACUUACCAACCAGACCUAGUAUGACACCUAGAAGUGUAACUUAUCAUGUUAGUCCAAGUACUAGUCAGUUGAAUCAUAAUAGAUCAGUCUCUGGUACUUGGUCCACCUUUUCAGGUCAUUCGAAGGAUAACAACAGUGGAACUCAUAAUGGUAGCUCACCAUCAACGCCUGGUUCUACGAUAAGUAUUUCGGGUGCUGGUGCGAUCUUGAAGACCAGCGCUGAGAAUGAGCCAGUUAAGGCACAUGGUCAACCAUUUAGGGUUCUAUGCGUUGAUGAUAAUGCUAUCAACCUGAAUUUAUUAACCAAGUUCCUUAAGAAGAAGGGUUGCGAAUAUGUUGAAGCAACGGAUGGAAAGCAAGCAGUUGAUAUUGUUAACUCAACCGGACCAGGUUACUUCUCUGUCAUACUAAUGGAUGUUUCUAUGCCAGUUAUGGAUGGCUUGCAAGCAACUUCUGAGAUCCGCGAAAUAGAACACCAAAGAAGGAAGGAAAUGCGGGAACAAAAAGACAAAUUCGGACAAAAAUCAUACUUGAAUGCGAAAUCUGGAGAAGUUACACCUCCUGCUAAGAUAUUCGCAUUGACAGGUUUAGCGGCAAAGGAAGAUCGUAGGAGAGCUUUCGCUGCUGGUGUUGACGGUUAUCUCAUAAAACCUGCUUCAUUCAAGUCAUUGGAUUUACUUCUCUCAAGAAUUGGUGUUAGUCAUAAAGCGCCAGCGCCUACACCUCCAUCUGUGGCUUGAAAAUGGAAUUACUUGAAGACUUUUAUUUUUAACCAUUUGCACAAAUUUCACGGUUUCCGCGAUUUAACGUAUUUCUCUAUUAUUGUACUUUCUGGGCUCCAGUCUGAGGUCAAAACUAAUUAUUUACCUAACGAUUACCUUUCCCUUGCAUUCUUAUUGUAAUUUAAUGCC